CCUCCCCCUGGUCCGCCUUUUUCUUCCCUAUUCAGGGCAGCGAGUCACGCCGGCAGGAGUGACGUCGCAGCCCCUCCGCGGCGAAGACUUACUCCCCCCCUAGCGAUAAUGAGUAGAAAUCCAGGCACCAACCCACACCCCUCGGCCUUCUCCUCCUUUUAAGUAGGGCUAGUUUUCUGUCGGGCUGAAUCCCGCUGCCAUGCUGUUCCGUUUUGGGGUCAUCCUGCCCGCCCGGCUGGCUGAAGGGGGCACGUCCCUCGGCGUAUCAGGCUCCAGGCCCGAGCUGGGUCAGUGGGAGCCGAAGCAAGCGGUCCCUAUGAAACCGGUGCGGCCCUUGGCUCCCUUGCCCGCCCAGGAGCCCGUCCUGUGGCUGGCGGAGGUGGCGCUGCCCGAGGAGGAGGCCGCGUGCACCUUCUGGUACAAGUUCCUCAGGCGGCGCGAGACAGGAGAUACCCUGUGGGAAGGUAAUGGGCCCCACCAUGAUCGCUGUAGUGUUUAUAACCCAAGCAACUUGGUUGACGGAGUUUACUGCCUCCCAGUAGGACACUGGAUUGAAGUUUCUGGGCAUACCGACGAGAUGAAACAUACAACUGAUUUCUAUUUUAACAUUGCUGGACAUCAGGCUAUUCACUACUCCAGAAUUUUGCCAAAUCUAUGGCUAGGAAGUUGCCCUCGACAGGUGGAACAUGUGACUGUGAAGCUAAAACAUGAGUUGGGUGUUACAGCAAUCAUGAACUUCCAGACUGAAUGGGAUGUUGUUCAGAAUUCCUGGGGGUGCAACCGCUAUCCAGAACCAAUGAGCCCAGAGGUUCUCAUGAAGCUGUACAAAGAAGAAGGCCUUGCUUAUGUCUGGAUGCCAACACCAGACAUGAGUACUGAAGGUAGAGUACAGAUGUUGCCUCAGGCUGUCUGUCUCUUGCAUGCGCUGCUGGAGAACGGGCAUACAGUCUACGUUCAUUGCAAUGCAGGUGUCGGCAGGUCUACAGCUGCAGUCUGCGGCUGGUUGAAAUAUGUGCUGGGAUGGAACUUGAGGAAAGUGCAGUAUUUUGUGGCCUCUAGGAGAGCAGCAGUCUACAUUGAUGAAGAAGCCCUGGUGCGUGCCGAGGAAGAUUUUUUUCAGAAAUUUGGCCCUCUUCGCUCCUCAUGCAAACCUUAGCAAAAGCAGAAGUUGUUGUAAGUGCUGCUUUUGAGUGGGGAGUGGGGGUGGGGGUGGGGAAUUGUGAACCUGCCUCCAAAAAAAGAAGAAAAAAAGAAAUUCAGUAUCUGAUGAUGAUGAUGAUUCUGAAUCUUUCUGAAUUUGUUUUUUGCAUUUUGAUUUUGCAAAGCAAUCACAACUUUGAUUUGAUUAAAUACGUGUGCAGUGGUCAAGAGGACUGUGAUUGUGUAGCCAUAUUAGGAAAAGUAUAAUCACAUUGAUUAACUGUUUGGAACAUUGAUUAGCUGUUUGGAAUGGGAGUUAGGAGGAACUGAGUCGAGACUGUCCAUUCCCCCCCCCCCACUUCACAACAGUUGAUCAAUACCUAUUGUACAUUUUCUAACAGAAGCACACAACUGCAGCUGGACCAGGAAAGGAAUGGAAAAUGUAUUUAUUUAUUUUUCAUUUUAUAUCCUUCUUUUCUGCCAAAAAAGAAAAGCACUCAAGGUGUCUGACGGCAAUAAAUACAGACAAAAAAUACAGGUGAAACAUCAAACCGGAUUUAAAAUACAGCUGAGAAAACAUUAAUAGAGAGAAACAGUAGCACCCCAUUAAUCAAAGUGGCCUUUAAAAUACCCAGCAAAGCAACCCAAGACCUAUCUGAAUAAAAGUCCUGUGACUUGCUAGUAGAAGAAUAAAAGAGAGAAGACCAGGCUUGUCUCCUUUGGUAAAAAGUUCCAGAGUUUGGGAGCAGCCACCAAAAAAGCUCUCACAUGUCUCUACCAAUCUGUCUCCAAAGACAGUGAGAUUAAGAGAAGGUACUCUCUGGAAGAUGUUAACACUAGGGAAGACUCAAAUGAGAGAAUAUAGUCUUUUAGAUGAUUCAGUCCCAAACCACAUAUGGCUUUAUAGCAAAACAAAACAUUUGAAGUGCAUCAGAAAAUAGAGUGCAAAUGAAAGAAAAUACUGUACAUGGGAGGGAAACAGAAUGUUUCAGAAAGAUUGCUUCUUACAAUAAACCUGCAAACCUUAACAGAUUUUCUUCCUUUUCUAGACAGGCUGGAUUAUUUUGUCCUUUUAAAGGAAACCUUUAUCUGAGUCUUUGCAAAUGGAAAUUGUAAUAAAGUAGAAUUAAUGAGAAAAAUAAAGAAUCUGUGUAUCACUGUCAUCAGCACAUUCAUUUUUCUGAGGCAUACAGUGUGUUAUCUUACAGCAUGUUUAAAAGUGACAUCUCUUCUACUUUGUAUAUUUUAGAAUUUCAGAAUUAAAAAGAAUAAUCUCUGUCGUAUGGAUUUAACAUACUGAAAGUAGGAGUUUUAAUUAGGUUAAUCCGGAUCCUAAUAUUUCUGAGGUGGGAAUUUUUUUUUUUUUUACCAUUUCAGAUCCUGCUUCAAAAAGACCUGUGGAGUUUCACUUAGGAUGAGUGUAGGAUGCCGAGGCUUUGCUCUGGUGCUUUUUGACUUCAUGUAUGUUAUCCCUCCAUCCUACCCUUUCUGUCUUGUUGUUGCUCUAGGUAGAGCUAGUGGGCAUGACGAAACCACUUUCUGCCUGUCCAAUGAUGUCCAUGGUUCCCUAAAUGGUAAUGCU